AUGACUGCCCCAAGCUCCUGUGACAUCACGUAUGUGCCUGCCGACUGCGGAAGCACUAUUUUCGGCAAGUCCAAAGCGCCAGACGCUUUCAAGUCCAUCGAUAUCUUGUCUCGCCUGCAGAAUGCUGGUGUCAGUGCAAUCAGAGAGAUUGAUGCCCUGACCGAGCCUGCGACUUGGAGCAUAACGACCUUCGAGCCUGGCAGAGUUCGAAAUGAAGAGCUCAAUGUUGAAGUCAACCACAAGGUUUUCAACGCCCUGCAACAGCAUCUCUCCACCGCCGAGGCGCAUGAAGAGCUGCCUUUCCAGUUGGUCCUCGGCGGCGAAUGCUGCAUGCUUCCAGGAAUUGUCUCUCAGCUUGCCAUCCGAAGAAAUGGCAUUGGUCAACGCCUGGGACUAAUCUACAUUGAUGCGGACGCGGACACGGACCUCAACUCACCAUCAGAUCCAGGUUCGACAGGCAACAUGGCAGCGCAGACCAUGUCUCUGCUUGUUGGAACGCCAGGCGGCCUUCCAAGUAUGGACUUCUUCCACGAAUCUGCUGAGCGAACCCUCUGUGAUGCAUCGAACACUGUGCUAUUCGGCACCAAUAUGUCUUGUGCCACCAACAAGUCUGAGCACUACGCAUAUUUAUUCGAGAAUCAGUAUCGGGUCAUCCCGUCAUCCUCAGUUGCGAAGAAUCCAGAACUACAGGCAGAUGCUGCAUUGAAGUAUCUCGAUCAACAGGGUAUUGAUGCCAUCCUGAUCCACCUCGACGUCGACUCCAUCGAUCCCGGAGAAUUCCCGUUGGCGAAUCUGCCAAAUUAUACGGGCGUCAAAUUCGAUGUCAUGAUGCGAGCACUUGCCGUGUUCUUGUCGUCCGAGAAGACGGUGGGCCUGUGUGUUGCCGAAGUCAACCCUGAUCACGAUCCGGGUCUCAAGAUGACGACCAUGCUAGCAGACGCGAUUGCUGGGAUGCUGGGCAAGAGGGAUCAGUAA